AUGGCGUCUCAGAAGGUUUUGAUGCUCGGUGCUGGUUUCGUCACCAGACCGACGCUCGACUUGCUCUCUGAAUCGGGAGUCAACGUCACCGUUGCCUGCAGAACUCUCGAGUCCGCCAAGGCCCUCUCCGCUGGUGUCAAGAACGCCAACCCCAUCUCGCUCGAUGUCAACGACGACAACGCCCUCGACAACGAGGUCGGAAAGCACGACCUGGUCAUCAGCUUGAUCCCCUACACAUUCCAUGCUACCGUCAUCAAGUCUGCCAUCCGCCAGCGCAAGCAUGUCGUGACCACCAGCUACGUCUCCCCCGCCAUGCUUGAGCUCGACCAGGCAGCCAAGGAGGCCGGCAUCACCGUCAUGAACGAGAUCGGUCUAGACCCCGGUAUCGAUCAUCUCUACGCUGUCAAGACCAUCGAGGAAGUCCACCAGCAGGGUGGAAAGGUUACCUCUUUCCUGUCCUACUGCGGAGGUCUGCCUGCUCCUGAGAACUCCGGAAACCCCUUGGGAUACAAGUUUUCUUGGUCUCCCCGCGGUGUUCUCCUCGCUCUCCGCAACUCUGCCAGCUUCUACCAGGAUGGCAAGGUUGUCAACGUUGCAGGCCCAGACCUGAUGGCUACUGCUAAGCCUUACCACAUCUACCCUGGAUUCAACACCGUUGCGUACCCCAACAGAGAUUCCACUGGCUACAAGGAGCGCUACAACAUCCCCGAGGCCCAGACCAUCAUCAGAGGAACUCUGCGUUUCGGCGGCUUCCCCGAGUUUGUCAAGGUACUUGUCGACAUUGGCUUCCUUAAGGAUGAGGAGCAGAGCUUCUGCAAGGAGGCUCUCGCCUGGAAGGACGUCACCCAGAAGAUUCUUGGUGCUUCUUCCUCUGACGAGGCUGCUCUCGUCCAGGCUAUCUCCUCCAAGACGACUUUCGGUGACGACGGUCAGCGGGAGCGCAUCUUGUCUGGCUUGAAGUGGCUUGGACUUUUCUCUUCCGAGAAGAUUAUCCCCAGAGGAAACCCCCUGGAUACCCUCUGCGCCACCCUGGAGCAGAAGAUGCAGUUCGCUGAGGGCGAGCGCGAUCUCGUUAUUCUCCAACACAGAUUCGAGGUCGAGUUGAACGGUGCCAAGCAGACCAGAUACUCCACCCUUGUCGAGUACGGUAGCACCGAGCCCAACGGUUACUCGGCCAUGGCCAAGCUUGUUGGUAUUCCUUGCGCCGUUGCCGUCAAGCAGGUCUUGGAUGGCACCCUCUCCGAGAGGGGUGUUCUCGCUCCCAUGAACGGCAAGAUCAACGAGCCUCUGAUCAAGGAGCUCAAGAAAUUCGGUAUUGAGUGCAAGGAGGAGAUUGUCAACCACUAG